CAGCGACGUCUACAGAUGUCAUUUCUUUCUUUCUUUUCCUCUCAAGACCUACUUCGCGACAGGGAGAGAGGAGCUGCCUGUGACAGGCGGGAAGAGAGGAGGCCAGAGGCGCGGGAUGGAGGCCAGGGCGCCGGGCGGCGUGGAGCCCGCCCAGCAGGAGGACGCAGCCCCCAACCCCACGCCACCGACGUCCCCGUCCCCCCUGCCCCUGCCGGCCCCACCCCGCCGGCCCUCGGUCAGCGGCCUCUCGCGGGUCACCCACAGCCUGUACUUGAGCGGUGGGGCGGCUGCCCGCAGCCAGGCCCUGCUGGCAGCCCAGGGAAUCACGGCGGUGGUCCGCGUCCAUGCUGCGGCGGAGGCGGUAGCACCCCGGCUCGGUGCCCUCCGCUGCCUGCGGGUGCCGGUGGCCGACAGCCCCUCCGCUCGCCUCUGCGACUUCUUCGACGUGGUGGCCGACUUCAUCCACGACGAGGAGCAGCGGCGGGGCCGCACCCUGCUGCACUGCGGGGCGGGUGUGAGCCGCUCGCCCGCACUCUGCCUGGCCUACCUGAUGAGGCACCAAGGCCUGUCGCUGCGGGACGCCCACGCCUGGGCCCGCGCCUGUCGGCCCAUCAUCCGGCCCAACCUGGGCUUCUGGGAGCAGCUGGUCCGCUACGAGUUGCAGCUGCUGGGCCGGAACAGCGUGCACAUGGUCAGCUCGGCGGCGGGGACUGUCCCCGACCUCUACGAGCCGGAGCUGCGUCUGCUGGUGCCCCUGUGACACGGGCCCUGGGGAGUCUCCCCUCUCGCUCGGUGAUCAGCUAGUUGACGUGGGCCAGGAGGAACCCUUGGGUGACACCAGCCUCCUCGGGCAGGUGAGGGAGGCAGCACCCAACCCUCAGGCGACCCGGGCCCCACCCACAUAGGAACGUGUCACUGGCCCACCUCACCUCCCUUCGGACCCAGAGCCUUAAAUGUGCCGGCAGCCCUGUGCCUGUCAGUGCCUUCCUGCUGGGCAGGCAGCCCUCCAGGGAUGCUCAUGAGGCCCCAGGCAAUCCCGCCUUCAGCCUGGGGACCCGGCUCAGUUGUGCCGGCAUCUUGACACCACUUUUGAAGAAAGCUUCCCAUGUGUAGACUUUCUUUCUCAGGUGCCGUUAUGUCUGUAAGGGCUCCAGGCCCCGGUGAGGGGCAGCAUUCACCCCUCUUGGUGGGGGAGCCGGCCUGGCUCUUGGCCUCCACCACUCCGUGCUGGGUUGCUGGGUGCCGGCUCCUCACGCUGCCUGUGUGACGGCAGAGGCCCCUCACUGCCAGGUGUUGAGUCUGCUUCACGGACCCUGGACCAUGUCCCUUGUCAGCUGUGGACUUGGAAACCUUAUUUAUUUAUUUAUUUUUGCCACCAGGGUCAUUGCUCAGUGCUGGCACUAAGAAAUCCACUGCUCCCAGUGACCAUUUUUCCCAUUUUUCCCUUCUAUUUGUUUUGACAGGACAGAGAGAAAUGGAGGGGGAAGGGGAGGAAGAGAGAGGGGCUGGGCGGUGGUGCACUGAGUUAAGCGCACAUAAUA